CCCCGCCCCGCGCCGGGGGGGCCGAGGCCGUGGGGUUGCAUGGCGGGCGCAGGGCAGCGGAGCGGGGUGCCUGGGGGGCCGGGCCCCGGCGAGCCCGAGCAGGUGAGCGGCUGGCGCUGCCCGGAGCAUCGCGACCGCGUGGUCGAGCUCUUCUGUCGCCGCUGCCGCCUCUGCGUGUGCGCGCUUUGCCCGGUGCUGGGUGCGCACCGCGGCCACCCGGUCUGCCUGGCGCUGGAGGAGGCUAUGCACGUGCAGAAACUCAGCCAAGAAUGUUUAAAGCAGUUGGCAACCAAGAAGCAGCAGGAAGUUGGCAAUAUAACCCAGAUAGAGGACGCCGAAGAGAAGCUCAAGGCUCAUGCAGAGUCAAGUAAAACCUGGCUGACGGGGAAAUUCUCUGAACUCAGAUUACUGCUUGAUGAAGAGGAAGUGCUGGCCAAGAAAUUCAUUGAUAAAAGCACGCAGCUUGUCCUCCAGAUGUACCGGGAGCAAGCUGAGUCUUGCAGGGAGCAAAUUGACAUCAUAAAUGAUCUCUCCAACAGGGUCUGGAGCAUCAGUCAGGAGCCCUGUCCUGUCCAGCGGCUGCAGGCGUACACGGCCACCGAGCAGGAGAUGCAGCAGCAGAUGUGCCUUGGCGAGCUGUGCCACCCCGUGCCCCUGUCCUUCGAGCCCGUCAAGAGCUUCUUUCAGGGCCUUGUGGAAGCCAUGCGGAGUACGUUACAGACGCCUAUGGACGUUCGCAUUAAGGAAAACAUGAACUGCCAACUCUCUGGCUCCUCCAGCACCAAGCCAGGAACCCUGUUGAAAAUCAGCCCCUCACCUGAGCGAUCGCUCUUCUUAAAAUACGCGCGCACGCCCUCGCUGGAGCCGGACACGAUGCACGCGCGCCUGCGCCUCUCGGCCGACCGCCUGACUGUGCGCUGCGGCCUGCUGGGCCGCCUGGGCCCGGCGCCCGCCCCGCAGUUCGACGCGCUCUGGCAGGUGCUGGGCCGCGACUGCUUCGCCGCCGGCCGCCACUACUGGGAGGUGGACGUGCAGGAGGCGGGCGCCGGCUGGUGGGUGGGCGCGGCCUACGCCUCCCUGCGGCGCCACGGGUCCUCGGCCGCCGCCCGCCUGGGCUGCAACCGCCAGUCCUGGUGCCUCAAGCGCUACGACCUCGAGUACUGGGCCUUCCACGACGGCCAGCGCAGCCGCCUGCAUCCCCGCGAGGACCCCGACCGGCUCGGCAUCUUCCUGGACUACGAGGCCGGCGUCCUCGCCUUCUACGACGUGACGGGUGGCAUGAGCCACCUGCACACCUUCCGCGCCACCUUCCAAGAGCCGCUGUACCCAGCCCUGCGGCUCUGGGAAGGGACCAUCAGCAUCCCUCGGCUGCCUUAGGGGCCAAGGCCGGCGUGACCUUCCCCGGCCCUCAAGUCUCACCUCGAGCAGAGUGGCUGGUCUACUUCCUACUUUCUAAGCCCUUCUCUCUGCCCCAGCCCUCCCCCACAAAUGGCGCCCAAUGCUGUGACCGGUCCCCCUCCCAGGCUAGUUUCAAACGUAUCCUAAACACACGCUGCUGCUGCUCUCUUAUCAGACCUCCCGACACACAGACGCCACCAUUGUCACACUACACUACUUUUAGUCCAGGGUCCUGAAGGUGACAUAUGCACAGGUGAGCCCUAAGCAUGCUGACCUUGUCUGAAUACAUUAGGCUCAGCCUGAGAACCUCCUCCCUCCUACAACAUGUGAACCUGGCACAUAGUAGGCACACAGUAAAUAUCUGUGAGCGAACAAGAGUCACCCGGCCCUGCUCUUCUAUCCCUUAAGGUCCCUUGGAUCUGCCUCCUUUCCACCGUCUUCAGCUUGUCCACGUCACCUCCCUCCAGAGCAGCUGCAAGAGCUUCUCAACGCUCCCUGGCCU